AUGGCCCCUCCUAAGGUCUUCUCCCUCGAGGGCAAGGUCCUCAAGCUCGACAGCUCUGACGAUAUCAAUGCGCACAUCCAACCAUUGGUAGAUAACACUGAUUACACCGAAAUCCGUUUCGGUGGAAACACCCUGGGAAUUGGCGCCUGCCAGCGCCUGGCUGAGGUCCUCAAGACCCAAAAGAGCCUUGAAGCCGCCUACCUCGAUGACAUUUUCACCGGUCGUCUCCUGUCAGAGAUUCCUACCGCUUUAACUUCUUUAUUGAACGCAAUCCUCGAGAUCUCCACAGUACACACCGUGAACCUUAAUGACAAUGCUUUUGGUCUCAACACCUCGGCCCCUCUUGUCGAUUUUCUAUCCCGCCAUGUGCCCCUCCGUCACCUCAUCCUGAACAACAACGGACUUGGUCCUUAUGCUGGAAUCCAGGUCGCCGAUGCGCUGUCCAAGUUGGCUGAACGCAAAGAGGAAGCUCGCAAAGAAGACAAGAAGGUCAAUCUGCUAGAGAGCGUUGUCUGCGGACGCAACCGCUUGGAAAACGGCAGCAUGGAGGCAUGGGCUCGGGCCUACAAGGCUCACUCCGCAGGCCUGAAGUCAGUCAAGAUGACUCAGAAUGGAAUUCGCCAGGAGGGUAUCUCUCACCUGUUGACCCAAGGUCUCUUCCACGCAAAAGGCCUCGAGGUCCUAGAUCUGCAGGACAACACUUUCACCGUCAUUGGCUCCACUGCUCUUGCGAAUACUUUACCGGCUUGGACCUCGCUGCGCGAGCUCGGUGUUGGCGACUGUCUCCUCUCUGCCCGCGGUGGUGUGAAGGUUGCCAACGCUUUGGCGGCAAACAAAAACCAAAACCUUCAGACCCUGCGUCUUCAGUACAACGAAAUGAAGGCUGAAGCCGUCAAGAACUUCACUCAUGCUGCCAAGACCGCACUUCCUAGCCUGCGUCGCGUUGAGCUCAAUGGCAACAUUUUCUCCGAGGACGACCCCAACAUCGUCGACCUGCGCGAACUCUUGGAGGCUCGUCAGGAGGAACAUGGCACUGAUGAAGACCCUGAGGAUACCUGGGGCGUCGACGAGCUUGAUGAGCUCGAAGAAGAGGAUUCGGAAGAUGAAGACGAGGAGGAAGAGGAGGAAGAGGAAGAAGAGGCCAAGGCCGAAAAGGAUCUCAAGCAGGCUGACGAGGUUGAAGAAGAGACGGUGGCCCAGAAGGACGACAAAGAUGUUGAUGCCUUGGCCGAUGUGCUGGGCAAGACUGCCAUCUAG